CAAUGUUUGUCUCUGUGUUCGCAGGAGAGCCGGCAGUGGCCCGAGAAAACAACUGCCUGACGGCGGCCAAGGCCUGCAACUUGAACGAUACAUGCAAGAAGUACCGCUCGGCCUACAUCAGCCCCUGUACCAGCCGCGUCUCCACCGCAGAGAUCUGCAACAAAAGGAAGUGCCACAAGGCGCUGCGGCAGUUCUUUGACAAGGUUCCUCCAAAGCACAGCUAUGGUAUGCUGUUCUGUUCGUGCCCUGUCAGCGACCAGACGGCGUGCUCUGAACGCAGGCGUCAAACCAUCGUCCCUGUCUGCUCGUACGAGGAAAAGCAGAUGCCAAACUGUCUGGAACUGCAGGCCUCCUGCAGGACCAACUACAUCUGCAGGUCCCGACUGGCUGACUUCUUUGUAAACUGCAUGUCGGAGCCUCGCUCGCUGUCUGGCUGUCUGAAGGAGAACUACGCUGACUGUCUCCUGGCUUACUCCGGCCUUAUUGGCACUGUGAUGACUCCCAACUACCUGCGCUCCCCCAAAAUCAGCGUCUCCCCUUACUGCGACUGCACCAACAGUGGCAACAACAAAGAUGACUGCGACAAGUUCACAGAGUUUUUUACGGAGAACACUUGCCUCCGUAAUGCCAUCCAGGCCUUCGGGAACGGAACAGACAUCGGGAUGUGGCCGCCGAUAUCUCCCGUUCAGACCACCACCUCCAUUACCACGCCCUACCAAAGAAACCGCGAACGCAUCCCCAACAACAUAGACAACCACAUCAACGCUGACUCCAGCCUCUACCACUUCUGUGGCAACUUACAGGCUCAGAAACUACAUUCAAAUGCCACUGUUGAUGUCUGUUCAUCUGAUCCCCAGGCUCCGAAGGUAGAUGGUCCAAGCACGUCCAACACCAUCCUGCGAGCCUCGGCCGUCUGCAGACAGGCUGUGGGUGUCACCUCCCUUCUGCCCCUGCUGCUCUACUUCGGAAUGCAGGGCUACUUGUAGCCCUGCUGCCAGAAAGCUGCAAAUUACGGACUGAGAAACUCAUAUUUGUAUAAAAGAAAGCAAAAAAGGAAAAUGAUAUCCUUUCUUUUUCAGUACCUUCUGUUGUACUUUUGUUGUCCCUGGAUCUUUUCAUUUACACUUUUGUUUCCCGAUCUGUUGGUUUUUGCAUUGCAGCAUAAUGCUAAAAUGGUGAUUUAUUAGACAUUUUGACUUAAUUCCAGCUGGUUUGGUCAGAAACUUAGAUUUGAAGCCACUUACAAAUGCCGCUUGAGCAGGAAGAUGUGACAGAAUACUCUUGAGGACUACGUUCCACUGAUGGAUGAGCGAAGACCCUUGAAACACAGUGUAAAUUAACAUCAGUUUUCAGAGUUCCCCAUUCAAGUUUUCACCGAUUUCUGUUUGCGUGUUGAGGCUUUUUGGUGGGAUCAUUUGCUUAAGAGUCACAGUAAGUUCAGUAAAGCUACAAUCUAUCACCGAGGCAGCGGUUUUUGUUUUUUUUUUUGUUUUUUGUUUUUGGUGUUGUUCAGUCUCCUUUGUGAUUUAUGUAUGUUUUGAUAAUGAUGUGAUCUGGUAUUUUACAUUUAUAUGAGCUUACCUAAAGACUCAAAUGCACAUCACCUGCUUCAAAACAGUGGAAAAGUUUCAAAGGCCGGACCCAGAAAUGUCUUUGCUUUAUUUCAUACUGAACACUAACGUCAGCUGAUAAG